GGUUGUACUAAAAUCGCUUUAUAACAAUAUUCUUUGCCUGUAGUACUGCUUAAGCGUACCCGAAAAAUGAAAAGGAAAAAGCAAAAGAAUGAAAGGAAGCUAACAUAGACUGAUGAGGAAGACAUAAUUCAAGAAUCCUGGAGCUAAAAUAUCUGUUUAAGGUCUGAAUUUAUACAUCAAGAAGUUUGUCUCUUGAACAAGUUAUAGCUACCAUACUACAUUCUUGAAAUCCGGAAACACCAGUUUGAUGGAGAAGAAAACAGUUUGCUUCUUCCUUCCUGUUCUAGUCUUGUUUCUAAGCAUCAGUAGGAUUUGCUCGGCCCGAAUAGUUUCCAAUCAAACCACAGAUCAAGAUGCACUUGUUGCUUUCAAAACAGCAAUAAUUUCAGACCCUUAUGAAAUCUUGGCCAAGAACUGGUCUUCUGAUGCAUCCAUUUGCAACUGGACUGGUGUUUCUUGCAGUCACCAAAGAGUCACAGCCCUUAACUUCUCCGGCUUCAGCUUCGAAGGGACUGUCACUCCAAGUCUUGGCAACUUAACCUUUCUCAGUUCUUUAGACCUUACGUCCAACAAUUUCACAGGCUUCAUACCUCAAGAACUUUCCAAUUUGCACCGAUUACAAGUGAUAAAUGUGGGCUUCAACAGCUUCAUUGGAGAAAUACCAUCUUGGUUUGGAACCUUAACAGAACUUGAGAUCAUUUUUAUGAACAACAACAAGUUCUCUGGCAGCAUUCCUCCAUCGUUAGGGGACUGCUCAAAGCUACGGAUACUCAACCUGGCAUACAAUUUUCUUGGUGGAAGUAUCCCGCAAGAAAUUGUUAAUCUUUCUUCACUGGAAACGUUAGACUUGAAGUAUAAUUACCAGAUUACAGGUUCCAUCCCAUACAGUAUCUUCAACUUGUCAUCCAUCGUGAAAAUUGAUCUCACAGGCAACAGCUUGUCAGGUGGGCUCCCAAAGAAUAUGUGCAAUAGUACUUCAAGACUCAGAGGACUUUAUCUCUCCUUGAAUCUACUUAGUGGGGAAAUUCCCUUCAACAUUUACAAGUGCAGUGAGCUCCAGGACUUGUCCUUAUCCUUUAAUCAUUUCAACGGCAGUAUACCAAGUUCAAUUGGUCGGUUAGCCAACAUCAAAACUUUGUUUCUAGGAGUUAACAGCUUCCAGGGGGGAGUUCCACUGGAACUACGCAAUCUAUCACGUUUAGAGUUGCUCAGUAUCCGAGGUGCCUCUCUAACAGGACAAAUUCCAUCUUUUAUCUUCAACAUGUCUUCCCUGAAACAGGUCGAUUUAGCCAACAACAGUUUAUCAGGAAGCCUUCCAGUGGGCUUGUAUCAUAAUCUUCCCAAUCUGGAGCAGCUGUUUCUUCAAACCAAUCAGCUAACUGGCCAAAUUUUGGACAAAAUAUGGGACUGUAAGAUGCUUUGGGUCAUAUCAUUGUCGAAUAACAAACUCUCCGGUCGCAUACCUAAGCAUCUUGGAAAUUUCACGGAGCUGGAAUAUCUAUAUCUGGAUAAUAACAACUUCACAGGUGAAUUACCAGCUGAGCUUGGUAAUCUUAAUCUUGUGGAAAUCAAUGUCCGUAACAAUGUAUUAUCUGGUGCAAUCCCGUUGUCCAUGUUCAACAUAUCAACAGUGACGAUGUUGGAGCUUUCAGCCAAUCACUUCUCAGGGCAGCUUCCUUCAACCUUUGGUCUUUCACUUCCCAAUCUACAACGGCUUUAUUUGUCUGACAACAGACUCAGUGGAGCAAUUCCAAGCUCUAUCACCAAUGCUUCUAGUCUUACUAUCUUAGAAUUGGGAAGUAACUCUUUCACUGGGCCAAUGCCUAACUUUGGUAAUUUAAAACUCUUACAGAUGCUUUUGAUUGGAGAGAAUAAUCUAACAGGGGAAUCUCCAAACCGGGAGUUGACAUUUCUAUCUUCAUUAACAAAUUGCCGAUAUUUGCAGUUGGUAGAAGUAUCUCUAAAUCAGCUGGAUGGUGUACUCCCUGCUUCAAUAGGAAAUUUCUCUACUUCUCUUCAGGUUUUCAGAGCAUUUGGUUGUGGAAUCAGAGGUUCUAUACCUGCUGAGAUUGGAAACUUGACCAACUUGAGAGACUUAUAUUUAGACAAUAAUGUGCUGACAGGAUUAAUCCCAGGAACACUGGGAAAGUCAAAGCAACUUAUACGUAUAUAUCUUGAGCACAAUAAGCUCGAAGGAAGCAUCCCCAAUGAUCUUUGCCAGUUAAGCAAUUUGGGGGACUUCUAUGUGAGUAACAAUGCACUCCAUGGCCAGAUUCCUGCAUGCUUUGGUGAACUCAAGUCCCUGAGAGGAUUGUACCUAGACUCCAACAAAUUGGAUUCUAAUGUGCCCUCAAACUUGUGGAACCUUAAGGAUCUCUUGGGCCUCAACUUGUCCUCAAACAUUCUUAGUGGGUCUCUGCCAUCUGAGAUUGGAAACUUGAAGGUUGUCAGAAACUUAGACUUAUCAUGGAAUCAGUUCUCGGGCAAUGUCCCAAGUGCUAUUGGUGGAGCAGCGUCAUUGGUUUCCCUAUCUUUGGCACACAACGAAUUUCAAGGGUCUAUUCCUUGGUCGCUGGGAGAUUUGAAAGGCUUGGAAUCCUUGGAUCUCUCCUUCAAUAAUUUUUCUGGAUCCAUCCCAAAAUCACUGGAGGGACUUUCCUAUCUUCAAAUCUUUAAUGUUUCUUACAACAGACUAGAAGGACAGAUUCCUACAGGAGGUAAGUUUGCAAACUUUACGGCUCAAUCGUUCUUAAAAAACUAUGGUCUAUGUGGCUUGGCUCCACUACAAGUCCCACCAUGUGGAGAAAGUCUUAACAAAACAAGGUCCAAGAAUGUUGCCUCACUGGUGAAGUAUAUCAUACCUCCUUCCAUAACAGCCAUCAUUCUGGUGAUCAUUGUUCUUCUGCUAAUGAGAAGACGAAAAGAGAGCAGAAAGGUACCCGAUAGUGAGAUUUCCUUACUUCAUGCAUGGAGAGGAAGUAAUUAUCUGGAACUUCAACGAGCCACAAAUGCCUUCAGCAUGACCAACAUACUUGGAAGUGGAAGUUUUGGUUCAGUGUACAUAGGAACACUUUCUGAUGGCCUAACUGUUGCGGUAAAAGUCUUCAAUUUGCAGUCAGAAAAAGUAGCCAAAAGCUUUGAUACAGAAAUAGAAGUACUGAGCACCAUCCGCCAUAGGAAUCUAAUAAAAAUCAUCGGCUGCUGCAGUAACCCAGAUUUCAAAGCUUUGGUUCUGGAGUACAUGCCAAAUGGAAGUUUAGAGAAAUGGCUAUAUUCCCAUAACUAUUUCUUGGAUUUAGUACAAAGAUUGAACAUAGCAGUAGACGUGGCAUUAGCCUUAGAAUAUCUUCAUCUGGGCUAUACAUUCCCUAUUGUGCAUUGUGAUUUAAAGCCUAGUAACGUCCUCCUAGACAAAGAUAUGACUGCACAUGUGGGCGAUUUUGGUAUAGCCAAAAUCUUCUCGGAAGGAGAGUUAAUGGCUCAAACGAAAACCUUGGCAACGAUCGGAUAUAUGGCACCUGAAUAUGGAUCUCACGGCAUAGUAGCAACUAGCGGUGAUGUCUAUAGUUUCGGUGUAAUGCUGCUGGAGAUGUGCACACGGAAAAAGCCAACGGACGAAAUGUUUGGUGAGGAAAUGAGCCUGACGAGUUGGGUGAGCCUCUCGUUACACAAAAGCACGAUAACUGAAGUUGUGGAUACAAAUUUGCUGAGAAGAGAGGACCAGAAUUUCUCAGCAAAGGAGCAGUGUUUGUCUUCAAUUCUGCAUUUAGCAAUGGAAUGCGUAGCCAUUUCACCAAUAGACAGAAUCGGCAUCAGCGAAGUUGUGGCCAAGCUAGAAAAGAUCAGAGCUAUGUUUCUAGCAGCCAAUACUAAGUUAGAGGACAGCAGCAAUGCUUCAUCUUUCAGACAGAUGCCUGCAUAAUUUUUUGUCAUAUAAAAAACUGAUGAGCAGCAAUUUACAAGAGAUGAUAUAUCAUUUGGCUCCUGCUCUUUGGAUUUCCUUUUACCUCUGAUAUUAUGAAGUGUAUGCAUUAUAAGAAAAAUAAUUGUCGUUCUCAAUUAUUGGUGGUGCAACUUUUUGUGACAAUGCUUGAAUUGCUCGUAUAGCUUGGUUUGCAGGUAUUAGUUGGAACCGAUGAUUCGAGUGUAGUGGCAAAAACUUUUGACAUACUGGAUCAUUGUCUCCAACUUCGUCCUCUAUUUUAACAACUUUUGUAAGGGAGUAGUACUCCUUAUUUAUGCUUUUGUGAUUUUCUAUAAAGGAGUAGUACUCCUUGUUUAUA